AUGUGUACUUACUUCUAUCUCCAUCACCACCACAUGCCACCCUGCACCCGCAACAUCGACAUGGUGGUACACUACAGCUUCUGCCCCAACUCCACCAUCGACAGUGCAGGUGCUCAGCAGCCGUGCGACAGCCCGCAUUUUGACAACACCCAGAGCGUCGACUACAACGAUCCCUGCGCCUCCGGUGGAUGUCUCGUUUCGGCCGACUGCACCUCGGGCGGCUGCCGUCUCGAGCAACUCAACGGCCGUUGGGUAUGCUGCCAGUGCAACGGCCGCGGCAAUGAGUAUCGCUGGUGUCGCCACCGCAUGCGCAGCAGCCCAGAUACCUUUUGCUACCACGUUUGCUGUAGUGGGUGCAAGGCCGAUAACAAGUCAUCAUCGUCGUCGAGUUCCAGCUCCAAACGCAAGGGUGCCAAGUAG